GAGCUUGCCCAGCUGGUGCAGAGCUUUCACCAGGCGCACUGGGCCCAGGAGCGGUGGCGCGGCGCCAACCUGGGGGGCUUGCUGCUCCUGGAGCCCGGGCCCGCGUCGCCCCUGUUCUCGGCCCACGGCGCGGACGCCUGCCACGACGAGUGGUCGUUGUGCGAACACCUGACAAAAACGCUGGGCGAGGAGGGCAAGAGGAAGGCCUUCGAGAGCCACCGGCUCGCGCACUUCGGCGAGAGCACCCUCGCGGAGAUCGCCAGCCGAGGGCUGAACGCCGUGCGCGUGCCGUUCGGCUACUGGGUGGUGACGGGCCCGACGUUGGGCGACCCGUUCGUCGGCCCCGCCCUGGGCGUGCUGGACCAGGUUGUCGAGCGGGCGCGCGCGGCAGGCCUGCAGGUGCUGCUGGACCUGCACGGCAACCCUGGCGGGGAGAGCUCGGAGAGGCCCUGCGGCCGCGCCUGGAGGGGCUGGUCCUGGAGGUCCUGGCGCCAGGAGGAGGCGCUGGAAGUCCUCCGGCAGGUCGCCGCGCGCUACUGCGGCUCGGAGUGCGUGACCGGCUUGCAGGUCUGCAACGAGCCCAGCGAGGCGAUACCCAUCGGGGUGCUGUGCGACUUUUAUCUCGGGCAAUCGGCGCCGUCCGUGCCGGCGGCAUGGGCCCAGAGCGCGUGGCCGUGGUGCUCGCGGUGUUCACGCAUUUCCGCAGCGCCGAGGCCCUGCCUCGAGGUGCCGCAGGGGGAAUUUCCUGCGGUUCGACAACGUGGCCUUCGACGUGCACUACUACCACACCUUCAGCCCCAUCCCCUGCUCCCGUCGCACCGGCAGCACCUCGACAUCUGCGAGGACCACGGCCUCGAGGUGGCCUCCAUGCCGGCCGCGCUCGUCGGGGAGUGGAGCUUGGCGAGGCCUGGCAGGUUCGCCGAGGAGGAGAUUGCCGCCUUCGCCGCGGCGCAGGUGCGGGCUUACGACACCGCGUCGCACGGCUGGUUCUUCUGGAACUGGCACGACCACGAGCACCUCCUGGGAGGAACAAAGGGGUGCCUUGCCCUCGCCCCUCCCCGACAAGAGGGAGGAGACGGAGGAGGGGGAGAAGGAGGCGGAGGAGGAGGAGGACGACGACAAGGGGGACGGCAACCACGAUGA